UGAAUGUUUUGUUCGAAAUGUUUUGAUCAAUUUCAAUUUUAAAUUUUGAGUUUUUUAAUGAAACGUGUUUGAUGAUGAAAUAAAUCCUAAUCUUUCGAAGAUUAAAUGGCAAAACGUAAGAAAAAUACAAUCAAAUAUCGUUUCGAUGAUUGUCAAUCUGAUUCGGUGGAUAAUGAAACAAACGAUAUGAAUUCAGAAGAAAGUAAAAAAGAUCUGCUCAUACCAUCAUCGUAUGAAGAAUUUACGAACAAAAGAGCUGCUAAAGAAUCACGUUUAAAAUAUAAUCGUUUGACAGAAAUUGAAGAAAAUUAUUUUGAAAAUGAAGAUCAUAAAACUUAUUUAAAUCUUCGUAAUGCUAUUCUACGAAUAUGGCAUAAUAAACCAUCGUUGGGUCUUACGGCUGAAAUUAUUCGAGCAAAAAUCAAAAUCACUGAUAAAAAGAAAUUAGAAUUGGCCGAAAAAAUCUUAAAAUUUCUUGAACGUUAUGGUUAUGUAAAUUUUGGUGUAUUUGAAAAUACUUUACCAAAUGAAUGUGUAAACGUAAAGAAUCGAGAACGAACAAUAAUUGUUAUUGGAGCCGGUGCUUCAGGAUUAGCCGCCGCAAGACAAUUAAUUUAUUUUGGUUUUAAUGUUAUUGUUUUGGAAGCAUCCAAACGUAUUGGUGGUCGAUGUUAUGCAUUUUAUAAAAAUGAAAUAUUCUUUGAUCCGGGUAAUAUUUUAGUGAAUGGUAUCAAAGGUAAUCCAAUACGAACUGUUAUGAAACAAUUAGGUUUGAAUGCCAAACAAUUAAAAUCCAAACAUAAAUUAUAUAUGGAUGGUGAAUUAGUUGAUAAGAAAAAAGAUCUUGUAAUGCAUAAAAUAUUUUUAAUCUUUCUUCGUACACUAUAUUUUCUUGCUAUUGAAAAUCAAAUCACUGAAUUUAAUAAUCAAACACUUUCACCGGAAAAUAUAUUCGAUAUAUUUAUCUAUUUUUUAGAAACGGCUGCAACAACAAAAGCAAAAGAAAAUUGUAAUAAAAUGUUACGUUUGGAAGAAAAUCUUGGUGAAAAUUUAAAACCAUUAAUGGAACAAUUUGAAUAUUUUUUUCGAAAUAUUGAAUUUUUUCGUACAAUCAAAUAUAUGAAUAGUAUUCGAUCGAAUAUUCAAGAUCAAACUAAUGUCGCUGACGAUGAUGAUGAUGAUGAUUUUGAUCGAACAAUUAUUUUCGAUCAUACAAUAUUGAAUUAUACAAAGAAUAGUUGUAGUUUUGCAUCCAUACUAAAAAGUCAUAUGGCCUUUUUGGAAUGUAUAAUAUUUAAUGAUAUACAUAAAAAAAUAUCAAUGAAAAAAAAUGAUUUACUAAAUUCGGAUAAAUUUAAAGGUUGUAGUGAAUUUUUUUCACUCGAAGAUAUGCGUAUAUUUGAAUGGUAUUUUGGUACAUUGGAAUUUUUUCUUGGUUCUCCCUUAUCCGAUUAUUCAUUGGAAAAAUUUGCUAAUGAUGAUUUUAAUCAUUCAAAUGAACAAUAUAUUUUACCAGAUGGUUAUAUGAAUUUUAUGCAAGCAAUGUAUUCACAAUGUUGUUCAAUGAAAAUUUAUAAACGAAUGCGUGCACAGAAAAUUAUUAUCAAACAAAAAAGUGUUGAAGUAAUUGCCAUUAAACAAAAUGAUAAUUCCGAAACAAUUACAUUCAAAGGUGAUGCAAUUAUCUGUACAUUACCAUUGGGUGUAUUGAAAAAAGCUAUUCAAAAUGAAAAAAAUCCCGAAUUCGGUAAUAAUAUUGUUUUCGAACCACCAUUACCACAAAGAAAAAAACAAGCAAUCGAAAAUCUUGGUAUUGGUACUGUGAAUAAAGUAAUACUUGGAUUUGAAGAUGAUUUUUGGCAAUCAAAAGAUCAAUUUUUUGGAAAUGUUGCCAUGUCACGUGAAUGUAGAGGUGAAUUUUUAAUGAGUUUUUUUAAUAGUCCAGUGACAAAAAACAAUGAUACAGAUGAUACAAACAAAACAACAACAACAACCAUAUCGACCGAUAGUAAAAUGAAUAAAAAUAAAAAAUUACCACAACCAAAACAAAAACCUAAACAAAUGUAUUCGAUAACAUCUAUAUUAUGUGGACAAAGUAUUGAAACAAUUAACCAAAUGAAUGAUUUAUUAAAUGAUAAUAAUGAUACCAAUAACAGCAACAACAAUGAAGAUGUUAUUAUUGUAAGUAAAUGUUAUAGUGGUCUGAAAGAAAUAUUUGAAAAUAUACCACAAUAUACUGGUGCAUUGGUUACACAUUGGGAACGUGAACCAUUUUAUUUAGGUACACAUUCAUAUCAAUCAAUUCGUUCGAAAUCAAAUGAUUAUGAAAUUAUUGCCGAACCAAUUUCAAUAAAUUCCAAUCAUCAAAUUCCACGAUUAUUUUUUGCUGGUGAACAUACCAGUAUUGAAUAUCCGGCUACUGUACAUGGUGCAUUUUUAUCUGGUUUACGUGCAGCCACCGAAGUAGCAAAUUGUUUUGAUCCAUUAAUUUUAUAAUGUUUUAUUUUUAUUUCAAUGAUAAUAAUAAUUUCAAAUUCAUUUUGAUUUGAAUCAAUGAAAAUGAAAAACAAUCAUUCUUCAAUAA